AUGAGCCUGGAAGACAACAAGAAGGAGGAGAAAGUAUUGAAUGGGAUCAAGCAUCCUCGAGAACGAUUUGUUGCUCUCACUCGUGAACUAGGCAAGAACUUGAAGCUGGAAAAGGCUCUAUCUGAGAAAGGAGUUCGGACUGUAGAGCUCCCGUGCAUUGCUUUCGAAGCUGGCAUUGACUCAGACUCUCUUCCUUCAGCUCUCAAAGAGGAUUGGGAGUAUGUAGUUGUGACCUCCCCUGAAGCGGCUUCUGUCUUUCUAGACGCAUGGAGGCUUGCCUCCCAGCCCUCCCUGCAGGUUGCCUGCGUUGGGACGGGAACCAAGCAGGCGCUACAAGAGGGAGGCAUCGAGCCCGUCUUCAUGCCCAGCAAGGCAACAGGGAAGACACUGGCUGACGAGCUGCCAGGACCUCAGGGCAACGGACGAGUCCUGUAUCCUGCGUCUGCCAAGGCUCGCACGGAGGUACAAGGAGGAUUGACGGCAAGAGGCUUCACAGUCACACGGCUCAACACCUACGACACGGUUUCAGCCACAUGGUCGGAGCAGGAGCUGCAAAUGGCUGCGAGCGCUGCUGUCGUCGCCCUCGCAAGUCCGAGUGCAGUGAAGACCUGGGCAGAGAGACUGGGAACCAAACAGUAUGCGGCAUGCAUAGGAGAAACUAGUGCUUCAGCCUGCAAAGAGCUGGGCUUCGAGCACGUAUUCUGGCCUGAGAGCCCUGGAAUCCCAGGAUGGGCACAGGCUGUACAUGAUGCGCUAGAGGAGAUGGAGAGUGCUGAAAUGAGCAGGAGCAAGUGA